AUGCUCAACGAUGAACGUGGACUUUACUUGGCAAUAUCAGCCUUGGUAGUAGCUGUGUUAAGCUACUGUCGAAAAUAUAGACUCAAUCUUUCGCGCCCCCCGCUACCGCCUGGUCCUAUCCCCCUUCCAGUACUGGGAAAUGUUCUCAGUCUUGAUUCCGCUCGGCCCUGGUUGACCUUCAAUGCCUGGAGAUCCACAUAUGGUGACAUUAUUUAUGCUCGUCUCCUUGGCAAGCCCAUCAUCGUCGUUAAUUCUGAGGAGGUCGCGAAAGACCUUUUUGAACGGCGUUCCAGCAUAUAUUCAGAUAGACCCCAGUCAAUUGUUUAUGAAGCCUUCGCUUCAGAUUUUAACACGGGGUUCAUGCCAUAUGGAAACAGGUGGCGCCUUCACCGACGAAUCUUUCAUCAGGCAUUUCAUCAAACUGCUGUACCCGCUUACCACGCUACGCUACUCCGUUCCGCCCACAAAAUGAUGUUCGGUCUUCUACGGGACCCUGAAAAUUAUCCAAACCAUUCUCUGAUGUUUCCUUUGACAUACAUGCUAUCUAUAAUAUAUGACUGUGAAACGACAGCUAAGGACAAGCAUGUUGCUAACGCCAUUACAAGGUAUGGGAAACUCAUAGUCGAAGGUUUCGCACCAGCUGCUAUGACUCUAAUGGAAACAUUCCCUUUCCUUUUGCAGCUACCUAGCUGGUUUCCCGGUGCCACGUUUAAGCGAGCAUCACUCAAGUGUAUCCAGGCAGGCCAUGACGUGAAGGAGAUACCCUUUCAAUAUGUCAAAGAGAGGAUGUCUGCCAAUGACAUGGGACCGUGCUUGGUGGCUGAUGCUUUGAAUAGGACCAGUGAAGAGGACGACGUCACUAUAACUGCAAUUAAGGAGGCUGCUUCCGUUGCAUUCACAGUUUCUCCUGGUCUUCGUUUGCCAAUCAUAAUCAGUUUGCCCUUGACUCAGACCACUAACACAUUACUUGUGUUUCUUCUUGCUAUGGUGCUCAACCCAGAGGUGCAAGCAAAAGCGCAGGCGGAGAUCGAUCGAGUCGUUGGCAAGGAUAGACUCCCCAAUUUCGACGAUAGACCGGCGUUGCCUUACCUAGAAGCUAUUUUACGUGAAACACUCAGGUGGUACCCAGUGGUUCCAUUCGGCAUUCCACACGCAACAACAACCAGUGACAUCUACAAUGGCUAUUUUAUUCCUGAAGGUCCCACACUAUCCUUAUCCUUAAUGUAUCUAAAUAACGAACCUUUCAGGGCAAUGACGCACGAUGCAACGAAAUAUCCCAGUCCUGACGAAUUCAAACCGGAAAGAUUUUUCCAAGACGACGGGACUCUGAACAGCGAUACUAUGCGUUUAGGCUUCGGCUGGGGUCGCCGAAUUUGUGUGGGACGGCAUCUCGUGGACGCGUCACUCUGGAUCGCUAUGGCGAAUUUCCUCGCGUUUUUCUCGGUCCACAAGGCUCUUGAUGAACACGGCAUGGAGAUUCCAAUCGCUCCGAAGUUCACCACUGGUUUCACAGUGUUUGAAGAAUCUCAUCUGUCCCAGAGAGUAGUCUGCUGA